AAAAAAUAAAAAAAAACCGGUGUAUCUGUCUGCCUGUCUUCAUCACCUCUGCCUGAAAACCUCCCCUUUCUCAAAACUACCCAUCUCUAAAUUCUCUCUCUCUAUCUCUAGCAAGUUCCACAGAAAAAAGCAAAUGAUGAAAGACCACCCUUUCUCUUCUCUAAUUCGUCUCAACAUUGGAGGGAAGAAAUUUUGCACCACAAUUGAUACAUUAACACAGCGUGAGCCUGAUUCCAUGCUUGCGGCCAUGUUCAGUGGAAGACACACUGUGUCUGAGGAUCCUGAUAAGGGAUACGUCUUCAUUGAUAGGGAUGGGAAACACUUUCGGCAUAUUUUGAAUUGGUUGAGGGAUGGUGUGGUUCCCACACUAACUGAUGCUGAAUAUUCAGAGCUUAUGCGAGAGGCAGUAUACUAUCAGCUACUUGGGCUCGUAGAAGGAAUCAAUUCUGUUCUGACUAGGAGAAGGGAAGGUGACGAGUUGGAAGCUGAAUUGACACGGGCGGAUAUCAUCAAAUGUUUACAAUAUGAGAAAGUGAAGUUUCGAGGAGUUAAUUUUUCUGGCCUUGAUCUCUCUAAACUGGACCUCUCAUAUGUUGACUUCAGCUAUGCAUCUCUGAAAAAUGUAUUCUUCUCUCGUGCAAACCUACAGUGUGCAAAAUUCCGGGAUGUGGAUGCUGAGGGUUCCAUAUUCCACAAUGCAACUUUGCGGGAAUGUGAAUUUACUGGUGCAAAUCUCCGAGGAGCUUUAUUAGCAGGUGCCAACCUUAAGAGUGCAAACCUACAAGAUGCUUGUCUGGUUGAUUGCAGUUUUUGUGGAGCAGAUCUGAGUUCUGCACACUUACAGACUGCUGAUCUCACUAAUGCCAACUUGGAAGGAGCUAAUCUAGAAGGAGCCAAUCUGAAGGGUGCAAAAUUGAAUAAUGCCAAUCUAAAGGGUGCAAAUCUUCAACGGGCUUAUCUACGACAUGUCAAUCUUCAAAAUACACAUUUGGAAGAUGCAAGGCUUGAUGGUGCCAAUUUGGUUGGAGCAAUUCGAUAAAAUUGGUGCAAGACUGUGUGCCAGAAUACGGGAAUGUAUUUUCAUUUGUGAGUGAUCUAUUUCAUUUCCAUCCUUUUGUCUUCAGAAAUGGAUAUAUGUGCUAAGUUAUUUAUGUGCAAUUUGUGGAUAGUUUGACAAAAUGAAUUGGAAAGAUUUCAUAAAACAUGGUUGACCAUAA